AUGUAUUUCAUUCUUUAUUGCACUACUGCAUCCAUUGGAGUAGAACCUCAAGUAGAAGCUACGCAGCGUAAACAGGCUCGACACUCCUUGAGCUUCUUCACCGAUAAGCGCUCUCAGCUUUAUGAAGAAGAGAUUUUGGUCGCGCAAUUAAAAAAGAAGAAACUCGAGCUGGAUAUUGAGAAGAGAAUGCUCCAACUUGAAGAAGCGAAGAUCAAACUUGAAUUGGCUAAGAAGGCGUGCGAAUCCUCGGUAACCACCGCAUCCGGCGGCACGUAA